AUGCAGGCUGCCCUGCAGGUGCAAGACGUCUCCCCUGAGCUACCCACAACCUUUGUAACCCUUCACAGCGAUCUCCUGCUGCGGUUUUUUAACAUUGAACAGCACAUCUGGGUGAUACCUGAGACAAUUACGGUUUCCUGCUCUGAGACCAUCACAUCGAUGGAAUGGUGCCCAGCCCCUCCUGAGGGGGAGCUGACGCUGCGGUGGUACCUUUUUCUUGGCACACGCUCGGGAAUUGUUUUGAAGGUUCAUCUCCGGGAAAUCUUACAGAAUAUGCUUCUUGUCACUCGUGCCCGCGGCGAUGUCAUAACCACGGGCAUAGCGGCUAUGGAGACCAUACGUCUGAAGCUGAAGCCGUAUAUAUUACAGCGUCAGAAGCUUCAUGAGGAAUUUGUCACCUCGCUGUCGCUGACACCCGCAGGUGUGUUGCUUUCUGCGAGCCUAGAUGGCACAGUAGUUCUUAGUCGUGUGAGCCAAAUGACUGUGCUGCGCUCCUUCCGGGUUGGGAACGGCGCUGGGGUGCGGUUUGCCUGCAUUACACCACUGCGAAAUGUAAUUGUGACACUGAGUGCCUCCAAUUCUCUCGCUCUGUGGGGGAACACGCAUCAGAGCUCACACGUUGAGCUCCACGAUCCCAUUUCGCCGCACUACUUUCCCAUCAUUUCGGUUACAGUGGAUGAUGUUAUGGAUCAGCUGAUUACGGUGGACUCCAGCGGUUACACAAAGGUAUGGAGCCUGCGCACAACCCUUGCCAAGAUGUCCUUCCACGCGGUCUCUCACGAGGUGUUAUCCACCGUUGGUCAUAUGUAUUUUAGUGAGAAUGGUGUGCAACACAAUGGUCACCGCCUCUUCGACGUGGAUGAGAAAGACAAGAAACGGCCACGGCUGCUUGACGUCGGCGGUCAGCAUGGAGCGGCGGCAGGCGGCUUACAAACAGCUCUUGCCACUGUGGAAGCAGCCAUGAAGGCAAAACUAUUUGCCCCGGCGCGUUAUGUUGCCUACGAUGGCCUCUCAAGGCGGCUGUUCGUUUCAGGUGCUAAAAACAACGUUGUGUGUGUCUUCGUAAGCGGGUUAACAUCACUAAAGGCGCACUUUAGCCAAAUUUGCCAUCUUGCGGUAUGUGAGCAGCAUCGUAGCCUCUUAAGCACGAGUGUUGCUGACUGCCGACUGUGGAGUUACAACACGGGCACCUUGUCCCUUGGCCUGAAAGCAAACAACCCUGAAUUCAUCAUGGUACGCAUGGCCCCCGUAUUUAGUGCCCGCUCGAACAUCACGACGAGUGCCCAACUUGUGGCCUUUGGUGCGGAACCCGAUCGUCAUACACUAGACUCAUGCAAGAAGCCGCCGCCCACCUUGAGUGACGUUAUAAGUGCCGUGUACGCCCGGGCAGGCGCACAGAGGCGAGAGCGUAGCGCGAAUGGACCAGCGUCUGCUGCCAAAAUGCGACGAAAUGCAGCUCCGCCGAUAAGGAACAGGAGUACAGCUGGUGGGGUGUCAUCCAGUAGUAUAAGCGGAGCCACCAACGCUGGUAUGGCGGUGGCGGUGGCUGCUUCUGCCAUAGCUACUGGCGGUGUGGGCGAUGCAUGGAGUGGGAAGAAUGUUAGUGGUGGAUAUGCCGGGGAUGACAAUUUGGUGAAGAAUCAAGCCACAUCGUACCGAAUCCUCUGCGCCCACGUUGACCCACAAGAGCGGUACAUUUUCUACGCUCUCAACAACGGUGAUAUUCGCGUGCAUCAAAGCGAUUCUGGGCGUCUGUCAAAGACGCUUGUGACGACGCCUCCCUCCACGGAACUUAUUUUAACGGCGGUGGUACAAUACCGGCAUCUGUUUACUGCUGCUAAGCGGCACUCAGAGCAAGCCCGCAGCACCCUCAGUGACGACGCAGAGCCCUCGUUUGGGUUGACAGGCUCACAAAUGCUUGUACAUGAAAUUGCCUUUAUCCUCCAUCGUCUCUUGUACCAUGAUGAUAAGCUUGCGUUGCACCAAGAGGAGCAGCUCUCCAUUCACAAGGAGGCGGUGGGGAUGAUGACGAUGCACGAGGUACACGAGUUGGGGGUGGUGUACGCCGAUGGGGUGAUUCGCUUCUUCCCAUUGCUGGGGAAUAGCGUUCAAGCACAACGCAUUAUCAUUCCCGAGUUUCUUGUCUCUCGGGCAAUAUCGUACAUGCGGUUGGUGCGAAGCCUGCAAAGGAAACUGGCCAACAUUUCGCAGGAAUUUCUGCAGUUAGGGGAUGUGGCGGAGGCUGCAGAGCCGCAAUUGAAUUUUAUUGUGGAAGCGGACGCCGUGAGUUUUGUUACCGUGAGCAGCACACUGGGGUUCAUUUGCCUUGUCCAGGUGAACGGACGCAUCUCCAUCAUGGAUAUGCAAACCCCGACGGGGGUCGUGGUGCAGGUGUUUACCGUGUCGGGUGAAGUCUCGGCGGUUGCUUUCCUUGGUGCCUACCCAUGUCUGGUGGUGGCAGACACGCAGGGUGUCAUCAGUUUUUUCCUCGUCAAGGGUGCUUCCAUGUUAAAUUUGCUUGAGGACUUUUACAAAUCCCUUGUUUUGCAUCGACGACACCAACGAUCGCAGCAACCAUAUGGAGUGCACCACGAUAAUCAAAACGAUGACAGCUACAACAGCAAUAGCGGCUACGCGCUGCGUAUGUGGUGGCUUCGUAUCCCUGGCACACCCACGGUGCUCCACUUUGACCCUGUGCACGGUGCCCUGUACAUUGGCACACGGCAGGGGUACUUCUCUUCUUACCUCGUGCGGAACCUCAUUGUAGCGUUUGACCUUUACCCCAUCAUUCACCACAGCUGUGGCAAAAAAUCACAUGGACCACAUGUAGUCUCUGCACAUCGUUACCAUGACUCUAAUGAACAGCGUCUGUUUAACGUGCUGCUGGUUUUCUUUGGCAUUACACCGGAGCGUGUGAUGCGGCACAUUAACGGCGAACGCUUCGCACGCUCGGCCCAAUGGUAUGGCGCCAGACCUGACACGGACAACCCAGCCAUAUCUGCGUCAUGGCAGGGGACGGAUUCUACACAGUCACUGCAUGUGCAUUGUGUUACACCACCCGUGGCACGCUCAGAAGAAACCAUAAGCAGUGGCACAAGCUCUGCAGCGAUAAGGUCGUGGAAGAAUUCACUUUCGUGGAUCUUUGAGGCCUGUAAGGCGCUGUUUUUCCCUUCAACAUCCUUCCCAUCGUUUCAGGGUGCUUUUGAGGCCGUAAACCUACCGUUUGACAUUCAUACUGUGACACUAUCGGAUUUACUGAUUGGAACGGCGAUCCUCCGUCAUGCGCUGCUGCUGAUGUCAAUGAUGGCGACUCAUUUCACUGUGACGGGGUCACCUACAAGAGGUGUGAAUAACAACACCCCUGCUGGUGAUAAUCCUGCGGCUGUUUCACUUACCCUAAGUGAUAUACAACAUAUUCGACAAUGCAUCGUGGAGGAAGUUCGUUACCGCAAAGUGAUGGGAGUCACUGAACAUGGGCAGACCGAUGUUGCGGCGGCUGUAGGUUUGCCCGAAGACCCCUACUUGGAGGAGGAGUUUGACAUUGGCACGGUACGCGAUAAUUCGUACGUUACUCCCACUGCCAUCGCUUCCAACUGGGUUGAGCUUCUCUUUCGCCGGCAUGUUGUGCAUGCAGCAGCUGAGUCUCCACUGUCCCUGUUAUCUCCAAAGGGCAUCUUGGAGCGUGCUAGGUGUGAACGCUAUGAGCGUUGCAAGUUACUGCAGCUGCAGUGCGACCUGGAGCAAGAUGCACAAGAUGAACUUGCUGAAGGAUCAUGGACGUUGGCCCCACCAGCUGGACAGAACACCGCAAUUACUGUUGACUGGGAUGCGUUUCUGGAGGGAAAUUUGACGCACCUUCUCGAGGACGACUUUCGUCGUCGCCGCGGCAUGACAAACAUGAGCGAGGAGGAAAUGUUAAACACCGUUAACGACGGGGGUGGAGUGCGGUGCAUCACAACGCGACGGAAUGGCGUGGUGUUUGUCGGUAGUGCGAAUGGCUCCGUUGCCGUCUGGACCCCGUACGGCGCGGCGCGGCUGCAGGAGCUGUGCCCAAGCAUGCUGUUGGAGGAGAGUCUUUAUCAUUUGGGCAGCAGGUUAAAGGCGCGGCUGGCGCAAGAAGUGGCUCGUGUCACACGGCGUCGCCAACGUGAGGCUUACACGGCCUCGCUGCACGGCGCCAAGGGGCAUGAUACCAUGCUGCGGAACCUAAAUGUGAAGUAUAAGGCAGCCAUGAUGAAGCGGGAGAAGAUGCGGGCGGUGGCUAUGCGGAACAGCGUGACUGGAUUUGGCAUGUCGCUUCUGGAUGCAGCCUCAUCUCUGCGAAGCAUCAUGACAAUGCCCCAAAACAAAUGCGGCCAUUCCUCUAUCCACUCACUAGUCUCCCUGGCGACAAUCGAUGAUAAAACACAAUCCCUGCUAGAGAAGGAGAAGGAAGUUCUCUUGGCAUUGGUGAAUAGCACACCAACUGAGGCUGCGGAGAGGGGUCUUCUAAUCGAGGACUUGUACUUUUUGCCCAUGCACACAUCCAUGUUAUCCGAGCUUGAGGAGUUUGAUUUGGAUGCGUAUGGGCUUGCUGUGGAUCUGGCUUUGGCACGUCUUCAACGCGAGGUCUGCGGUGACGCCCCCAUGGAGGAGGUGCUGGGUGAAACGAUGGGCGGCAGCAAAUGUAGCGCCGCCAUGAGGGCUCGUCCCAAGAAGCCAGGUGAUGAGCCCAGCCUCAGCCUUGGAUCGGUGCAUGCCAGCAGCUUUCGCCGCAGCAGUGGUUGGAUGGCAGGAGGGGAAGCGGGGGAAGAAACGGAGCAGGAAGAGUUACACACGUUUUUACACACGGCACACGAGAAGCUGGAGGCCGCAUUUUGCACAGAGGAGCUGCUGCGCAUGGGUUGGGGGCAAAUGUCUUCUCCAGCCAGUCUCUCUGGACGAAAUUCCAGGCGUCAAAAAAGGCAAAUUGGCGCAUCCCUGAAGUGUCAGGAGUGGCGACGCUCCGUAUUUAACCAGUACACCGCGGAGUUUGCGCAGGCCAGUAACACGUCGUGGGCAAUGCCACACGAGCAAAGACUCCCCAACUACGCGCGACCUGGAAGGUGGCUAGGACCCGGCGUUAUCACGGUUGCCGUUUCCACCCGAGAGGCGCGGCGGCUUAAGGGCUGUUUUAGGCUGGAACUGGAGCGCAUGGCGAUGGCGUCCAGUUGGCACGGUGUGGAUGAGGCCAUACAGAACAUGGUUAUGCAAUGCAUGGGAUUGCUGGCGAACGAGUCACUCACCGGGCUUUCACGUUCUCUCAUGCGUCUGGUGUCGGGGCAGGUAAGAGGUGGUUUUGUCGUUGAAAACUCAUCUUUUGCAGGGGGAGAGAAGCAUGAGGCGCAGCAGGCGAAAUUUACCACACAGCUUAUGGAGCCCCUCGUGCUUUUGUCGGCGAACCAAGAGGUUGAUGAAGAUGCCAAAACCAAUGUAUAUUCCCGGCAGCAUUCGGGCGAUUCACACUCGACUGCAGGGCACACCUUCACUUCAAACGGGAUGGAGACAACAGGGAAGCUGGAAGAGCUGAGCACCGAGGCAAAGGACCGGUUUGCCCUUUUCCUCACCGAGAUUCACGGGACAGCACCAUCGACUGCAGCAGGAACCUCACUGGCGGCGACGGCGGCAAAUACGCCGUCCAUGAGCGUUGUAACCCGCAACAAUUUUCGCUGCGUGCUUGGGAAGGGGCCAAACUCCGUUGCUUCAUCACACACCGAUGGUGAUAAUGGCUACAGCGCCGCGCCCGGAGUACUGACGCAGUGGCCCCUGCACAGGAAGGAUCACUCGCACCGGGCCAAACUUUCUCGGACUGGUCGCGUGACGGCGGGCCACACAGGGUCCUCAUCACCGUUUAGCCCCUUGAAGUUACUUCCUUCCGUUUGCCAAGAUGGUGGCAGUCUGCCUGCUGCCGCAUCCAAAAACAACGUUUCUUCAGGAACUCAGAUGCCUAUGCGAACCGACUCGCGGGAUCCGUUUGUUCCCUUCCCCUCCCCCCCGGAGGGCGCCAGGCAAUCAAAGUCAUCUUUAACUCCACUGGGUGAUAAUAGGCCUUCUUCCAACAGCAUUUCGCUGCCGUCGUUAAAUUUCAACGAGAUGCGAGCCCUGCCAAAGGGAUUGCAGAGCGAUGUGCCUCCGUUCUCAAAAGUGCGACUGCAACAGUCUGCGAGCCCCCACCACACCCGACAUCGCUGA